GGCGGCAGCCUCGUCUCGAUGCUGGCCCGCGAGCUGCCCGCCGCCGCCGCCCCCGCCGGACCCGCCAGCCUCGCGCGCUGGACCGUGGGCUUCUGCGACGAGCGCCUCGUGCCCUUCGAGCACGCCGAGAGCACGUACGGUCUCUACCGGACCCACUUGCUCUCCAGGCUGCCCAUUCCCGACAGCCAGGUGAUCACCAUUAACCCCCAGCUGCCUGUGGAGGAGGCGGCCGAGGACUACGCCAAGAAGCUGAGACAGGCCUUCCAAGGGGACUCCAUUCCAGUUUUUGACCUGCUGAUUCUCGGAGUGGGUCCUGAUGGCCACACCUGCUCGCUCUUCCCAGACCACCCUCUCCUGCAGGAGCGAGAGAAGAUCGUGGCCCCUAUCAGCGACUCCCCAAAGCCACCACCAGAGCGUGUGACCCUCACACUUCCUGUGCUAAAUGCAGCCCGAACUGUCAUUUUUGUGGCAACCGGAGAAGGCAAGGCAGCUGUUCUGAAGCGCAUUCUGGAGGCCAAGGAGGAGACGCCCCUCCCCGCCGCCCUGGUCCAGCCCCACACUGGGACGCUUUGCUGGUUCCUGGACGAGGCGGCGGCCCGACUCCUGACCGUGCCCUUUGAGAAGCAUUCCACGUUGUAGCCGCCCCAAGCGACGCUGCGGCCGGGACCACAAGCGCCCCCGUGGGCCGGGACCUUCCUGCCACCGCUCCAGGCUUCGUUUUCAGAAAGCUGCGUGGUGCCCUGCUGGGAAGUCCCCGGGUGUGCGGCCACCAGCCUGGCCCGGGGCCCUCCGCCCUGGCUCCGGGUGACCAGAUAUUAAAGGGAGCGUUGUCUUGAG